GUCACAGCCUGGGACCUCAGCAACCUCUGAAGACCUGAGACUCUGAAGCCCACCUGCCCAGCUAUGUACAUCCCAGGGUUUGGAAGUAUGACUCCAGUUUUCCUCCUGGCCACCCUGUGCUUAGGGGUGGUCUCAGCUGCUCCAGCACACGAUCCCAGUUUGGAUGCUGUAUGGGAGGAAUGGAAGACAAAACACAGGAAAACAUACAACAUGAAUGAAGAAGCACAGAAGAGAGCAGUGUGGGAGAAUAACAUGAAGAUGAUCGGCCUGCACAACGAGGACUAUCUGAAGGGGAAGCAUGGCUUCAACUUGGAGAUGAACGCCUUUGGUGAUUUGACCAAUACAGAAUUCAGAGAAUUGAUGACUGGCUUUCAAAGCAUGGGGCACAAGGAGAUGACCAUCUUCCAGGAGCCCUUGCUGGGUGAUGUCCCCAAGUCUGUUGAUUGGAGAGAUCAUGGCUAUGUGACUCCUGUGAAAGACCAGGGUCAUUGUGGAUCUUGUUGGGCUUUUAGUGCAGUUGGUUCCUUGGAAGGACAAAUAUUCAGAAAAACAGGCAAACUGGUCCCUCUGAGUGAACAGAACCUAAUGGACUGCUCCUGGUCCUAUGGCAACGUAGGUUGUAAUGGUGGCUUGAUGGAACUAGCCUUCCAGUAUGUGAAGGAAAACAGAGGCCUGGACACAAGGGAGUCCUACGCAUAUGAAGCCUGGGAUGGACCCUGCAGGUACGAUCCUAAGUACUCUGCAGUUAACAUCACAGGCUUUGUGAAAGUCCCAUUGAGCGAAGAUGCCCUGAUGAAUGCCGUGGCCAGUGUGGGGCCCGUCUCAGUUGGAAUUGACACUCAUCACCACUCCUUCAGGUUCUACAGAGGUGGUACGUACUAUGAGCCAGACUGUAGCAGCACUAAUCUGGAUCAUGCUGUCCUGGUAGUUGGCUAUGGUGAAGAAUCAGAUGGCAGGAAGUACUGGCUGGUCAAGAACAGCUGGGGUGAAGACUGGGGCAUGGAUGGCUACAUAAAGAUGGCCAAAGACAGGGACAACAACUGUGGGAUUGCUACCUAUGCCAUCUACCCCACCGUGUGAGCUGCCCGGACAGCAAGGAAGGAAUGAGCUGCAUGUACAGAGGAGGGCGUCCCCCUUCACAGACCAGCCAGCCUCUGCUCUGUGGGGAAUGGUAGCUGAGUCACUGAAGGUCCAUUUUUUGGUGUGCAUUCUGGAACAUUUUACUCCAGCUAAAUGUGACUGCCAAUCUGCUGCCGUGAGCAGCUUUGUAUCAGUGAGUUCUGAAUUUUAAUUGUUUUUUUUUUUUUACAAGAUGUACAGAAUUUCUAUAAAACCUGCGUUUAAAAGA